CAAUUAACGUCGAUUUCCCGUCGAGUGUACCCCCCAUUACAAACGUACCCAUACAAUAUUAUCGGUAAGUCAGAGGAAGUCAGCAUGCGACAGUACAUGCACCUUCUUACCCCCCUCGUCUCCCCUGUCCCCUCCGCCCAUCUCUUUCUCAUCUUCCCCACCAUCAUCAUUAUGCACAUGCAAGGCCGUGUCGGCCACAGCAUCGCCAGCUGACUGCGAUGGUGGGAGCGGCGGCGUGCUGGUAUCAUGUGGCCUUUGGCUGUCUGUGUGCGUCCGCUCAGGCGAUUUGGUUGCCAUCUGUACAGCGGUGGGGGAGGGAGAGGGAGAGGGAGGGGAAGGCGGCCUGCACUCAAACACAGCAUAGCACAGCAUGCGUCCAUGUGUCUCAAUCAAUCCCCUUGUCUGUGUGUGUGACCCCAUGCCCAGCUCACCAGAGAGCCUGAGACAUCAUCAUCUGCUUCCUGCCGUCACCAUCACCAUCUCCUCCCUCCUGCUGCUGCAUGAGCGGCCUUGCCUGAGGUGGGGGCGACGGCACUCUCCUCUUGUCAACAGCCUCUCGGUCGUCUGGCGGCUUGGCCCCGGGCGCUUUGUGUCGAGCACGGAACCGAUGUGGUGAGCUGAGGUGGCGAUGUGGGGGAGGGAGAGGGGGAUUGGGGUCUUGGGGUGGAGCUGGCUUGGAUGAGUCGAUUUGUGGCCACCGAGGGAACCACCCACGGCUGGACCUGCACAGAUUGACAGUAGAGUGGGAACCAGGAAAUGCAUGGAUGGAUGGAUUGAUGGAUUGAUGGACGGAUGGUCCCUUUCGUACUUGUUCCUCCCACCACCCAAUGGUCGCUCUCGAGCAGCAGCAGCAGCAGCACUGGCAUCAGCAGGAGGCAUCCCCACACUUCCCCCACCACUGCCCACCCCCACCCCAGCCCCCACUCUCUCCACAAUCCGCUGCCGCAGCUGCUCGACCACAUCCACCGGACCACAGCUGCGCGAAGUCGGCUGAAACCGGCUGGAAUACACCGGCUGCCUCGACGUGGCAGGUGGCCGGCCCUUCGACGGAUGGUGCUGUGAUUCGUGCUCUCGCUCUCCACGCCUCCUAUUUGGCCGAGGAUGGGGAUGGGGGGCCUCUGGGUGUUCUGUGUCUCCCCUCUGUGUGAGACAUGGGGGCGAUGGUGGGUUGUUCAUGUUGUUGUCGCUGCUCUGUGUGUGGCUGAAUGAGAGGCUGAGGGACUGCUGGUCGCUGCAGCUCGGAUUUGGGUGAGGGG